AUGGACGGUCAAGAUGCUGUUACAACCACAGAUGACUCAGCUGGCGACGCGUCGAUCGCGCCGGUCGUGCCGCAGUCUCCCCGCCGCCUCCCGGCGCUCACACGCAUUUUCUCCGGCCGCCGCAGCGGAGAUUCCCUCGGACAGCCCCCGCGAGUCGUGUCGGCGGAUGGUGCCCCCGCGGCGGCGCAGCCAGAAAGCCGUGGCGGCGCGCGGUCCGCUCGGAUCAUGCCACCUUUAGUCGGCGGCGGCGGCGGAAAGUACAAUGGGAACGACAGGGGCUCCGCCGUGCCGCCCGAGCUCCCGCGCUCGCCGCGUUGCUCCGCCGCUGCGGCAGCCGGCGCGUGGGGGGAACAGGUGGGGAAAGUCCGCGUUCCGCCGCACCCGGGCAAAAGUCACAGCGACAAUGAGCCAGUGAUAGUCGUCCGGGCGACAGCGAAGAGCGGAAAGGCCUUUCAGGGUGCGGCGAGGCCGCCGCAGCAGCACUCCCGGCAGAAGCAGGAGGAGCAGAAGGAGCGGCCGUCACACAGGCGAUGCCGGAGCUGGGGAGGCGGCGGGCAGCAGGCUCAGCAGCAGGAGGCGGAGUGGCAGUUCCAGUUGAGUCAAUUUGAUGCGGAUACUACCUCACAGCACGCCAGCAGGAGAAGGAGCGACGGGCAGAAAGCACAGCAGCAGCGGCCUCCAGAGUGGCAGUUCCAGUUGAGUCAAUUCGAAGCUGACAGUAUCAGUGACUCUACCAGCUCACAGCACGCCAGCAGGAGAAGGAGUGACGGGCAGAAAGCACAGCAGCAGCGGCCUGCAGAGUGGCAGUUCCAGUUGAGUCAAUUCGAAGCUGACAGUAUCAGUGAUUCUACUAGCUCACAGCACGCCAGCAGGAGAAGGAGCGAUGGGCAGAAAGCCCGGCAGCAGCAGCAGCCUGCCGAGGAGACGGAGUGGCAGUUCCAGUUGAGUCAAUCUGAAGCUGUCAGUAUCAGUGAUACUAGUUCUAACUCACGGCACGCCAGGAGACGGAGCGGCGGCAGUGCUACUAGUUCUCAUUCUAAUAGUACAGUUUUCACUAAAACAGCAGGCCCCGGCGGCUCCGCCGCCAUUGGCAAUAACAACAAUGAUAUUGGCAGUGAUUCUGCCAAGUACCGGAGGCUGAGUGAUAGUAACGGUCGCCAGGCAAUCCCCACACCCCACCUCUUUCGUAAAAGCGCUAGUACUAGCGCUGCUGGCGCGGACGUUUCGGGGGAGGCGGAAGGAUCAUGGGAUGUUGAAAUUCUGGAAGGGGAAGUGCCAGUUGCGCUGGUGGGAUCCUUCCGAGAACUGGCGAAUCCGCGCCCGGCAGUAGAAACUGCUAGUAACAACAGCCGUGGUGCCACGAGUGAGGGUAGUACAAUGAGGGCGUUAGAAGCGGAGGCGGCUGCUGUUGCUCUGUCUGAAAGGGGUGGUGAAGGAGAAGCGCCGGUCGCGCUGGUGGGAUCCUUCCGGGAAAUGGCCUGCAGCCACGGUGAGGGUGGUGGUAGUAUGAGGGAUUUGGAAGCAGAGGCGGCUGCUGUGGCGCUGCCUACAAGAGAUGAUGAAGGGGAAGGAGGGGGGGGACGGGAGGAAGGAGGAGAGAAAGGGAGAGAGGAGGGGAGAGAGAAGGGACGAAGGGGGAGGACAGAGGAUGGAAGAGUGGAGGGACGAAGGGGGAAGACAGAGAAUGGGAGAGAGGAGGGAAGUGUGGAGGGGAGGAAGGAGGGCAGAGAGGAGGCGUCUUGGCGUACGAGCAGUUUAAGCAACGGCAUUGGCUUGUUGGACACGAAUGGUGCUGCAGGUGCUGCUGCUGCUGUUGCUGCUGAAGCUGCUGCUGCAGCUGAUGCUGCUGCUGCGGCUGCGGUUGCAGCUGCUUCUGCUUCUGCUGCUACUGCUGCUGCGGCCAACCAUACAAGCGAUUUUGCCUUUUCAGCCGUUGGAUCCAGAGCCAUCCGAUGGCCACCAAGCCACCGCAGAAUCCCCAACCAGCCAACAGUCAUCACCAGGUGCAGCAGGCAACGGGGUGAAGCAGCAGAGGGCGGAUCGGCGCGUGCAAUUCAGCCGAAUGGUGCAAGUGAGGAGGGUACUCGUUCCCUCUGA